GUCCUGGAGCCAGGAGGCAAACCCCAAACUUAGCCUUGCUGUGACCUGGACUGCUGGCUUCUGAAACUCGGGAGGGAAGGAGUUUACAAAGGGGACGUACUUGCAUUUCAUGUUUCGUCAGCCCGACAGUAUUUUGGCUUUGAUUCCAUCUUGCUCCUACCUGUUCCCGGACAGUGACCGGGAGGAGAAGAGGCGCUAUCCCACCAUGUCACGUUACAGCCUCCCAAACCUCCUGGACUGGUUGUAUGGGGGGGUGGACCCCAGCUUUGCUGGCAAUGGAGGGCCAGAAUGUGCUGCCUUUCUCUCUGGGCAGCAGCGUCUGCUGGAGAGCUUGGUCUUCCUCAGUGUGGGUAUUUUGGAGAUCCUUCUGUCCUUGUGGAAGCUGAGGCAGCUGCAUUUCAGGGAGCUGGCGGGUCAUCUGCUACAGCAGCCCCAGGCUAAGCAGGAGAGCUUGGGCAAAAAUCUGCUACUGGUGGCUCUCUGUCUCAUCUUUGGGCUGGAGGUGGGGUUCAAGUUUGCUACCAAGACUGUCAUUUACCUACUGAACCCAUGUCAUGUGGUCACUAUGAUGCAGAUUUUUCUUCUUGCCUGUCCUCCAUGUCGGGCUGCAAUGAUUCUUUUCAGGUUACAGAUGCAUAUGUUAAAUGGGGCCCUCUUGGCAUUGCUGUUUCCUGUGGUUAACACACGCCUGCUGCCAUUUGAAAUGGAGAUUUAUUACAUCCAGCAUGUGAUGCUCUAUGUUGUACCCAUCUAUCUGCUCUGGAAAGGAGGUAUCUACACUCCAGAACCACUGUCCAAUUUCUGGUGGGCUCUUCUAUCUACUGGGCUUAUGUUUGUAUACCAUUUUAGCAUCUUGCAGAUUCUGGGAUUGGUCACAGAAGUGAAUUUGAACAACAUGUUAUGCCCAGCCAUCUCAGACCCUUUUUAUGGCCCCUGGUAUCGAAUCUGGGCAUCUGGACAUCAGACUGUCAUGACUAUGACUCAUGGGAAACUUGUAAUUCUGCUGUUUUACAGUGCAGUCUCCAUCUUUAAAUGUAGUGUGGAGUCGUUUAGAUUCCCCACUAAGAAAAUAGACUGAAUUUCUCCUCAGGGAAUAGUACAUGCAGGAAGCUGAGAUACCUAUACCCAUACUGGAAAAGAAAGAGGAGGGAUGAGAGGACUGUGUGUUUAUACUUCUUCCCAGUUUAUUGCCUCAAAAACAUCUCUGCAAUCAAGUGAGUGUUUUUUUAACAGCUGUUUCUCAUUGUUAAUUGCCAAUGGCAAAAUUAGUGGCCUUAUUCUGGAAAUGAUUUGUAUUUUACACAUUUUUUUGUAGAUUACAGUAGAAUCUUGCUAAUCCGCCCUUUAAAAUUAGGCCCAGUAUCUGUCCACAUUCCAGCAAAGACAGUGUCAGUGCUACCUCGUUUUCUGACUUUUUUUUCUACUAAAUAUCAGUACACUUACAUCCCAGGACAGGAAAUAAAGCUGAAUUAUAACUCACCACUGAUAAGAACAGAGCAUAUCUUGAAGUGCAUCAUCUUGACUUAACUCUUAGCACUUGAAUGUUGUAAAAUGUUCGCAGUGGAGAAAUGUACACAAUCUCCCAGUGACAAGUGUGAAACAAACGGAUUCCACUGUAUUUUCAUUAAGCUAGUUGAAAAUACUGGAGAAUAACAACAGUAACUUGUUGCAGCAGUAUUUGUAACAACAAAAAUUGUUGUAAACGUAAAUUACAUUUUAACUGACUGUUUCUAAACUGCUGUAGAUUAAUAUCUGACUAGGUCCCAUUGUAUCUUAAAGCUUUGGAGAUAUUUUUAUUUGAGAGACUGGAAAAAUACCAGGUUGAAACUAUUUCAAAAAGCAUGUAGCAUCUAUGCUAAAAUAGGUAUUUCAUCUGCUGUACUGACCUACCUUUGAACAAAAUGUUUAUUGACAUUUAGCUAAGACUGGAGAGGGAGUAGAGAUACGAAGUCCAACGCGAACAUCAGUGGGUUGGGGUGUUUUUUUUUCUUUUCUUUUUCUUUUUUUUUAACUUAACAGGCUUUUGAAACAUUCCUGCUCUGUGCUCAAUCCUCAGUAGAAUGGUUAGUGAGAGAACAAAAUUAAAUUAUUUUCUCUCACAGCUCUAAUAUGCUCUGUGUACUGAUUUAAAAGUAUAAAAAGGAGAAUUCAAUCAGUCUACUCUCUGCUAGAGAAGUAGUGUUCCAGUUUACUAGUAUGACUGCCUUUAUUUUAAGAGAUAGCACUAAAUUUCUUGUUGACACAUGUUUUGCAGUAGAAUGGAACACAAGUAGACAGCAUUAUAAACAGUAAACCGUGUGUACCUCUUCAGAUUUUUCCAAGUCUAGGAGGAGAAAUUGCUGGGCAAAAAGAUGGGAAAUUGUGACCUGUAUAUACUCAGAUAGAUGGUUUUAAGUCCAUUGUUUGUGCAGACUUUUAUUGCAGGGCUGCAAUGGUGCAAAACACCACUUUGUUUUACAGAAGUUUGUUGCAAUGUAUAGAUUCUUUGCAUUGUAUUGUCAUAGCUGUGACUGGUAAGAUAAAACAAAACCACCAUACCUCCUCCUUCAGCUCAGUCACCUGAAGAUAUAUUCUGAAGUUAAGGUACAGUCAUGCAUACCUCAAGAAGAAAAGAAAGAAAGAAUUAAAAGUAUUCCUCUUUCCCUCCUCCUUUCCUGUCCCCCCCCCCGCUUCCCUUUUUAAAGGCAAAAUUUUUUGUUGGAGAGAGAGCAAAUGGCUCCUCCAAAAAUUCUAACUAACUCCACUUAAUUUUAAAAAACAAAAAAACCCACAAAACUUGAAUCAGAAGUGCUUUGUUCAUGUUCUAAUUUACAAACUGCUUUCUGGCCUUUUUCCAUGCCUGGCUGUAAAAUGCGCACACGCAUGCACACACUCUUCCUUCCCCCCAUUUACCGUCAAAUUUAUCUUGUUUUAUUUAUUUACUUAAGAAAUUUGCAAAAUGCCUUGAAUUGGGUUAAACUCUGUUCAGAAAGAAUGUUUGCUGUUGCAUCGAAUUUUGCAGCACUAGCAUUUAUUAUUUUAAUAUUAAUUACUAUUUUUGAAGAAUCUUUCCUGUUUCCUUAUCUGUUCUAAAAAAAACACUGUACCUCCUGGAAAAUUCUGAAGUACAAAAGAGGAGUCUUCCCCCUCUUUCUCUUUUUCUUCCCUCUCUCUCUCUUUCUUUUUCUUCCCCCCUCUCUUUCUCUACUAUCACAUUUCCUCUCUAGGUAUACUUUAGGGCACUGUAAAGCUGUAUAAAACAGCUGCCAUCUGCCACCACUGACUUCCUCUGGUCAUUAAAAGUGCAGAAGCAUUUUUAAAAGCGCAGGGUUUUCACAGUGCAAGCUGUUUGCUUGGAAUGCAAAAUUUAUGAGUUUCUCUGAUUUGCCUAAAAUUCAGGAGCAAGAAUAGUAAUUUUUAAUAUAACCAACAGUAGGGAAAUCCCUAGGGGAAUUUGGAUAGAGGGAUUCUUGAUAUAAUUCCACAGAGCAUUGGCUCUGAUAGCAGAUCCACCAUAAAGGAUUGCUCCUCACCGUCCCUCUCUACAUCAUAUAUAUGGCUCUGUACUGUGGCUUAUGCCCUACUUUGUUAUGCUGGUCCAGUUGUUUUGGGCCACACUAGAAGUAUGGGGCAUAAUUUCACAAUUUGGGAUGAACUGCCAGAACAGCUCAUCGUUACCAAAAGGAAACUCAUGCUUUCCUUCUCCACCUAACCUUAUGCUGGUUCUGGAGCCUGUUGAACUCAUUCUAUGUUAUUUAUUUUGCUAAAAUGACUAAAUGAAUGUGGUAAUUCAGGAAAAGAAAAAAAAAGUGGUGAUUUAAACUGACUGCUACAGUCAGUAGGUUAUGACAUUACAGGAUGAGUGUCAGAGCUGCUGUAAAACAGUGGAAUGAUGCAACUGGCAUCAGGAAGGAGGGCAGGCAGUGGAGCCCCCCCCCCUUUUCUUCUUUUGAUAGUAACCUGUGUUGGUGAAGAGUUGUACACUCUGUCACUGAGGGGAGGGAGGCAAUUUGAAUUAUGUCUUUUCCCCAACCCCCUUUUGAAGAUUAAACUCAACUUUUUCAAUUUGUAUUAUGGUAUGGCUCCAAAAGAAGCUGCAUCAGCAUAGCUGAGACACAAGCUUCAUGUGUAGGGAAGAACAGAUCAGUACAGGAUCAGAAAGGGGGAAAAAAACUGCUGAAACCGCUGUGUCAUGUAACUUCAUUAUCUCUGGCAUCUGCUUGGAACAUUCAUCAGAUAGAUAUUGUUUAAUAUGCAGGAUAUUGGUUUGAAUGGGAAAGCAGACUACUUAAUCUUAUUAUGGAUUUUAUUCUUUUUAUGGAGAGAUGAUGAUUUUCUUUUCCCUGAACAGCUUGUUUUAUGGGUAGCUAUGAUUUUUGUGGGUGUGUUUUGGUUUCUCUUUGCUUAUUUAUGCUGGAAAUUAAAGAGCAAAAUUACAUUGCUGUUCUUGAAGGCUAAUCAACAUUCUCUCUUGUGGUAUUAUGGAUACAGCUGAGGUCAAAAUAACUUGCUGAUGCACCAUACCUGAUGUGGUUUUACACUGCAUUAGUGCACUGUGCUAUUGAGAAGGAUGGUCCUGGCUUUUCCUGGUCAAAUAUUCCUAAUUGUUUUUUUGUCCCAAUGUUAACAGUUAGGAAGAUAUUAGGACUAGACAUGGUGCAGAACAGGAGUUGGCCAGACACAGACUAUUGCUUUCAGCAGUGGUCCAAGUUUUAGAAAUGCUUAAGCUAAUUGUACAAUCUCAUUCUCAGGAUUGUUUUGCUGUCCACUACCAAGAAAAUAAUCAUCUGCAGUGCUGAUGGUAGACUGUGCAGAGCAGUUUUUCUUAAGUAGUCAGAGGUCUGUGAACAGAGACCUCUAUUUUUCUGGGGUUUUUUAAGCAUAGUAGGCUCUUGACAGUAAACAAAACAAAGUAGGAUGAUAAUUGAUUACUUCCUUGGUGAAAGACAGUCUAAAUUUACGUUCACUGUCCAAGCACGUGCAUACAUGCAGUAUGAGUAACUACAAUAAAAUUGUUUACUGAUCAGUUUGUUAAUACAGACUGAAAAAGCAGCACUCCAAAGCACAAAAGGGAGCUAGUAGAACUUUUGCACCCACCAUAAUGUCUAGUAAUAGCCAAUGGACAUUAAAAUGUCAAGUGUAAAUUAAAGUGUCAAGGCUUUAGUUGCCCAGGAUGUGCAGUGCAGUGCUACUUUUCAAGGAUUCAGACAGUGUGCGCAGUGUUAGAGCUGUAUCUGUUUGUUCGACAUUCUUCUGUUUAAACAUUGAAGAAGAAAUUCCAUUUUGGUUCCUUUGCAGGGUGACAAUUAACAGCUUUUGGUCACACUUAUAUAAAUCAAAGACAGACCACAAUCUAUGAGCACCCACCUGUGCUUGGUUCUGGUUCAGCUUCUUAGGGCUUGACAAAAACACUGCUAACAAGCAAAGUCCACUUGUGCUCAAGCAGGUGCUGCCUUGCUGAAGCUGGGGGACAGGAACAGUCAGUUCGUUUGCACACCUUAAGAUUACAAAGUACCUCAGCAUAGAAGUUCUAUCCUUCUGUCUCUGGCCUCAAUCAGUUUUUUGAUAUUUCUGUAUAUUAGAUAAUGUUUUGUAAAACCCAAUUGUAUUUUCCUUUCAGAAACAGCUAUUUGCGACUAUUUAAAUAGUGUACUUUUAUGGCCUCCGUCUUGUGUCUGAACUGCAGGCACUAGUUUCCUAAUAUUUAUAAAUAAUGGAAAAUAUAGAUGUGCUGUUUUUCUUGCUGUUGCAAUUGUUUCACUAGAGGCAGUCUUUAACGAAUUGAAUGCUAAAAAAGGCUUUUUAGCAUUUAAAGCCCUGAAAAGGCCAAAAAUCAGGAAGAGGGCAUACGUCAACCCUUCUGUUGGUAUGUGGAAGGCUUCAACAGGCCUUCCUGAGGUCAACUAACUUUGAUGUUUUUAUAUUUAUAGGGACUCCACAUCUGUUGAGUUUUGUGAUCUUUUAAUCGCUGAUAUUGCUAUAAAUCUGUCUUGCAGCUUUUGAUGUAACUUAGUUAAAGCCAAGGUGGUUUAAACAUUUUUAUUUUUCUUCAGGGUCAAUUUUGUACUUUUUUAAAAAAACCUAUUUCUGCAUUUACUGAGUCAUUAUCUCAAUGCUGCAGAGGACACAGCAGGCAGAACAGUGAGCAGGCCCACACCACCCUCACCAACCAGCCUGUGCCAGGGGGCUGAACCUGCUCAUGCACUGAGCUGAGGCACAAAGCUGUCUUUGGAAACUUGCAGUUCCAGUUGCCCAACUCUCUCAUUCAAGCAUCAUGUUAUCCAGGCACAGAAUGGAAGGGCAGGGGCAAGGAUUGAUGUGGGGAGGCUGAACUGCUGCAUACGCUGUUAGUUCUGAAUAAUUUGUAAGUGUUCUGCAUUUUAUAAACUUUUUAAUGUGCUAAAAUUUGGUUAUGAGGUAAACAUUUGCAAAUAAGGGGUAACUUGUGUAUUUGUUUUUGUAUUUUAGUCCAAUGUUUUUUUGUUGUUGUUGUACCCUAAUCCAGCUCAC